AUCCGAAGCACGGCUAAAGCCAAAGCAUCAUCGGGCAUAGGCCGGCAUACGACUACGACGGCAUCGGUAUAGAGAGAUCGCGCCAGUAUCGUAUCGGCACAUACACACGGCAUUGUCUGUUGGGUUCAGUUCAGUAUUAGUUUUAGUAGUGUGUUCGCGACCGUCGAACAAGUAGCACGCAUGUAUUAGAGAGAUCAUGAUAACGUCAACGUGUGUUGUGGCGGUGCUAAGGAUCCACGGUCGGCACCGGGGCCGGCAGUGACAGUGAGCAAACAGUGCGACACUAUGUCCCAGUCAUGGUGAAGACGCUGCUUCUGGGACUGCUAGCUGCUUCAAUUUGUGGUUUCAUGUACGCCGCUCCAGCUGCUGAUCCUAACACCAACUUUAAACCUUUUCGACCAGAUAAUUCAGCUUCAGCUUCAUCUGAAGACUCAUCGCUGGAGGAUCAGGCGGCCCGCAGCGAAAGGAGCACCAAUCUCUCUCACGUCACUGGCACUGCCAGAAAAAUACAAAUGUUUAUUAAGAAUAGACAUUUACAAAUCCUACCUGACGGAACUGUGAAUGGCACCACUGACGACACCAGUGCUUAUUCGAUACUACAGCGAACGACAGUUGGUAUCGGCCAAAUGAAGAUUCAAGGAGUAGCUACCUGUCAGUAUUUGUGCAUGGCUAGAUGUGGAUUGCUUUACGGAUCGAGAGAGUUUGGAGACGAAUGCGUUUUCAAUGAGACCAUCGAACAAUCUAACUACAAUACAUACUCUUCCAGUAAAUACUCAAAUGAAAAGAGGACUUUUUAUCUGGCCCUGAACCAACGGGGUCAAUCCAGGAAGGUGGUCCUACGAGCUCGAAAACCGCUGGGAAAACUAUCAUCAUAUACUCUAGUACUCACAAGAAAUGUAGCCCCAGAACUGCAUCCAAUGAGGCACCACGGCCAUGUGUGUCCCCCCAUAACACAUACAAACCAAAAAAUACAUCCUUCUCACCAGCGUUGUCCGAAAAAAAGGAAACGUAAGAAGAAACGAAAAUGUUCGAAUGACGAAAACGACCCCGAAUUUUGUCAAAAAAGACUAAAUGUUUCGAAACAUAAGGCGCAAAAUCGAAAUAUUCAUAAGUGUGACGAUGAUAAAGACAGUGAACUGUGCCAAAGAAAUGUGAACAAUAAAAAGAAACAAAAUAAGUUAAAUAGUGACAAACCUUUAGUGAGUGAUCCGAAAAGGAAAAAGAAGAUGAAAAAAGGCGUUAGAAAAAGAAUCGAUACUGAGACAACCACCACAACUAUGACACCUACUACCACACCUACUACUACUACUCCUACCACCACACCAACUACCACACCGUCUGAAGAUACCACUAAUGAUGAGGACUACGCAUUAGAUGGAUAUACUCACGGGGAAUGGGACGACUCCACUGCACUUCCUGACAUAUCUAUGGCUGUCUCCGAUGCUAAACACAUCAAUCAUCCCAAUAUAGAAUCUGACUGACUCGCGCUUCUUUCUCUUUUUUUUAUUUAUUCUCUUAUUUAUUGUACGUAAAUGUAAAUAAUUAUCUGUAAGUCAAUAUACCUCAUUGUAUAGAGCUUUGACUUUUCUCAUUUUAAUUUUCCUUCUGUGUUAAUGAAGACUGAGUCACAUGUUUCUAUUAAAGUAAGAGAUAAAAUAUUCAA